GCUGUUGUUGUUUGUAAUGUUCGUUGUCAUGAAAUGAAUAAUUUGUGCAUCGUUUAAAUUAUUCUGAAUAUCAAAGAUUUUCCCAGCGUGUUGAACUUCUCUAGGCUUUGUCAAUUAAUUGAUGCAUGGAGGAGAACGAGAAGGAGGAAAAUCGAGACCAAGGAAUCAUUAAAACACUGGCCUCUGAUCCCAGCGUACUGGCCGCCAUAUUGGACCAAGAAAACUCAACAGAUAAUGUACGAAAUAACGAAAAAUUCAGCAAUGAUAAUACGAAAGAAAACACAUUAAAUACAAACCAGAAAAACAAUGAAUUCUCUGUCGUGAUGGAUGACAAUGGGGACGUUAUUAGGAAUAACGAAGAUGAACUAAGUCAGAUGUUGGCAGACUCUCUUGAGUUGAAGGACGAUGGAGUCAAUGAUGGAUUGCAAAGCAAUGAAAGAUCAAUAUUGCAAGAAGAUAGAUCUGAUGAUUUAAGUGAGAAUGGCCCUUCUGUAAAAGCUGAAAACUUAACAAAGAGUGCCGAUUCUUCCAAACUGUCGUCUAAAGACGUUAAACAGAAAGCUUCAACUGUCAACAACAAACCACAGAGCAAACAAAAGCCUAAAGUUAAGCAUUACUUUAUCGACAAAAAUAAAGCAGAAUUUAUCCGAAAACCAGGGAAAAGCAGUUAUGCUGCUCUUUAUUCGCAAAAGUUAAAAUUAAAACAAGGUAAUACGAACCAAAGUAAAGGUAAAGUAAGGAUUUCAAAGGAGAAAGAAAAUGAAGAAAACAUGACAGAAGACUUGGAACGAUAUGACCAAUUCAAUGAAUCUUCUUCUUCGUUCUCAUCUAAACGAUCAAAUAGUACUACAUACACGAACUUUGAUAAAAGUGGGUAUUAUGAUGUGUCGGACUAUAGUAUAUUGUCACCUUAUGCAAAUAUGAACCAAACUAUAGUUCCCAACUAUGAAAGCUAUAUGAAUCAACCAUAUCAUGUACCCUACAGAGAUUUUGGUUUAAGGUACAGUAACUAUGGACACCAGUCAUAUCAAACCUCGAGUGCCAUAUCCAAUCCUCAAUCAAAUGUUAUAUUUCCGUCUACACAAAUUCAAGGUUAUGCAUCUCAGUCUGCACCUCCAGGAGUAGUGUAUCAACGGAGACCCCUUAUUGACCAAGUGGAAUUUUUUCCUGAACAUGACUAUCUUUUAUCCCAGUCAUUGACAAAUUCCCAGUUCAUUAAUCCUGUACAGAUGUACCAAAGAGACUCGGGCUUGGAAAGAAAGUUUGUUUCUGAACCUCAGUUGUCUAAUACUCAGCUCUUGUCCAGUGAAAAUGACAGAGCAAGUAAGCUAUCUGAUGGUACUAGGAAUCACUCGAACAUUCAAAAACCUGUUGAUUUUAAGCCAUACACAUUGAAAGAAUAUCGGCAGAUAAAAAAUGAGCAAGUCGAUAUGCUGGGUAGCUUAGGGCCAGAUACAGAAUCAAAGGAUUACAAGGGAAAGAUUGCCAAGUCAAUGAAGCAACGACAAUAUGCAGAAAUAAUCCGUCUAGAACAUGCUGCUAGGAGAAAGCAGUGGGAGAAGAAAGCAGCCCCACUUCCUGCUCCGACACGACAGCUACAAGCAGAGGCUAAGCGACAAGCUGCAAUGAAUUAUGCAAAAACCGUUCCCAAACCCAAAACUGUGGUACAAAAAGGGAGAAGUCAAGAAGAUGAUAAUGAAGAAGAGAAAGAAGUUACUCUGCUAGAGAUACUGAAGAUGAGACAUGAGAAAGAAAAGAACAAUGUUCAAGUCAUGAAGAAAGAAUUGACAUUCAAGACUGACACUGAAUAGAGUGGUGUGGUGAGCAGACCAAGAUAAUAUCCAAGACUGACACUGAAUAGAGGUGGUGUGGUGAGCAGACCAAGAUAACAUCCAAGACUGACACUGAAUAGAGGUGGUGUAGUGUGUAGACCAAGAUAACAU